CGGGAUGUAAGUGUUCUGCAGUUAGGCUACAUCAAUAUACUCGUGAGCUACAGGCUGCAUCAUCGCAGAUUUUUUUUUAAACCAAUAUCUAGGUUUUAUGAUGGUGAAAUAAUUUAAUUCUGGGCGAAAUCAUGUUCCAGGUCAAUGCUCUUAAUACCAACAACUUGUCGUAGCAGUUUGUUUUCUAUAUCCGGUCUUUCCCUGCUUAUUUCCUAAGCUAAUAUUAGCUAGCUAACUAGUACACAACUUGGACAAAAGAAGGUUUCUCCCUGCAGUAAAUACACUUUUUGCAGGUAAAGUUGAACGGAAUGGCCCUUUCGGAGACAGAGAAUGGUUGUUCCGGUGGCGAAGGAGGAGAGACGGACGCUAUUGUCAAUACUUGUGUCCUGGGCGGCUUCAGUGAGAGCGCAGAGACCAGAGCCCUCAUCUCCAGCCUCCCGGAGAUCCACGGGGACAUGGGGACGAGCGAGUCCGCCACAGAGAGGUUCUUGGUGAUAAUGAACAGAUAUCAAGAGCAGCCUCAUCUUCUGGACCCUCAUCUAGAAUGGAUUUUGAACCUGAUACUGGACUUUGUAAGGAGUGAAGACUCUCCACCUUCAUUGGUUCAUUUGGGCUUCAAGUUUCUGUACAUCAUAUGUAAGGUCAGAGGCUAUAAAAUCUUCAUGCAGCUUUUUCCUCAUGAGGUCUCCGAUGUCCAGCCGGUUCUGGACCUGUUGUCUAGACAGGAUCCCACAGACUCUGAGACUUGGGAAACUCGCUAUAUGUUGCUCUUGUGGCUGUCCAUGACUUGUCUCAUUCCGUUUGACCUUUAUCGUCUGGAUGGACAUCUGGAGGCAGAGGGCAGUAAGCCUAGAGAGCCCAUCAUGGACCGUAUUCUUGCUAUUGCAAAGUCUUAUCUAGUAUUGAGUGGCAGUCCCAGGGAUGCUGCAUCUGUACUGGUAUCAAAGUUUAUGACACGUCCCGAUGUGAAACAGAAGCGCCUCGGAGACUUUCUGGACUGGAGUCUCACCACUGUAUCCCAGACCAAUGACCAUUCAAUAAGAGACAUUAAGGUGCUGGACGGUGUUCUGCAGUCUCUGGCAAAGCUUUUCAAACAUGGAAAACGAGAUGACCUUCUACAGUAUGCUCCUACAGUUCUGCAGUGUCUAGAGAAGAAGCAUCUAUCAGAGAGCAGCGAGGCCAUGCUGAGGAAGCUCGGCGUCAAAUUAAUCCAGAGACUCGGCCUCACCUUUCUGAAGCCACGUUUGGCUGCUUGGAGGUACCAGAGAGGCAGCCGUUCUCUGGCAGCAAACCUGUCCAUGUCCCAGUCUGCUGCAGCCAGUGCUGCUGUAACUCCUGAAGUGGAGACACAAGAACAGGAGGAGGACUAUGACAUUCCUGAAGAAGUAGAGACUGUUAUUGAGCAUCUACUCGUGGGACUAAAAGAUAAGGAAACAAUUGUGCGCUGGUCUGCAGCAAAGGGCAUAGGGAGGGUAACUGGGAGGCUUCCCAAGGAGCUGGCAGAUGAGGUGGUUGGAUCAGUGCUGGACUCCUUCAGCUUCCAGGAAACGGACAAUGCUUGGCAUGGAGGCUGCCUUGCACUGGCAGAACUGGGUAGGAGAGGACUGCUGCUGCCUUCCAGAUUAACAGAUGUUGUGCCACUCAUUAUCAAGUCCCUGACCUACGAGGAAAAGAGGGGGGCCUGCAGUGUCGGUUCCAAUGUGCGUGACGCUGCCUGCUAUGUAUGCUGGUCUUUCGCAAGGGCUUAUGAACCCAAAGAGCUCGAGCCUUUUGUCACUCAGAUUGCCAGUGCUUUGCUGAUCACAGCUGUGUUCGAUCGAAAUGUCAACUGUCGCAGAGCUGCCUCUGCUGCCUUCCAAGAGAAUGUCGGCCGACAGGGGACAUUUCCAUAUGGUAUUGAGAUCCUAACGGCAGCAGACUACUAUGCUGUUGGAAAUCUCAACAACUGCUAUCUGAACAUUAGUGUCUAUAUAGCUGGUUUCCCGGAGUACACCAAAUCCAUGAUAGACCAUUUAGUAGCCAUGAAGAUCAACCACUGGGAUGGCGUGAUCCGAGAGCUUGCCACUAAAGCGCUUCACAACCUGACGCCUCAAGCGCCUGAUUAUAUGGCAUCAACAGUUUUGCCUCAGCUGUUGACCGUGGCAGUGGGUAUGGACCUCCACAGUCGCCAUGGAGCCAUCCUGGCAUGUGGAGAGGUCACACAUGCUCUGUACAAAGUGGGCCUUCAAACCAACAGUACUGUGGUGGACAUCAUUUCCCCAGAAUGUCUGGAUGCAUUAAAGAACAUUCACCAAAUGCUCCAGGAAAGAAAACAGUACAGGGGUUUUGGUGGAUGGCUAAUGAGACCUGCAGUUUGUGGUCUUAUAGAAAAGCUAUCCCUCUCCAAAUUGCCUUUUAAGAAUGACCCUAUCAUUGCUGGCUGGCAGUGGGUUAUCGACGACACCAUUCAAACUCUUCAUCUUGCUUCUAGUGGAGCAAAGGACGGCAUUAUGGUUGCAAUAGUAUCGGCCUUGUCUGCCAUGUGUAACGAGUACUACCAGGCCCAGACAGGCCAGGCUGACUCACAAAUGCAAGAUGUUCUGGUAUCUCAGUACAUAGAAGGGUUAAAAAGCGCACAGAUGCUCACUCGUUGUGGAUCUGCCCUUGCCCUCGGCUGUCUGCCAAGAUUCAUGAUCCAUAGCAAACUGAAACAGGUCUUUGAAGGUCUCCAGCAGAUGUGCACUGUGAGCCAGAAGGAGGGAAAUUUUACAGAAGCAAGGAGAGAUGCAGUCAGAUCAAUUGCACAAGUGUGCGCGAAGGCAGGUGUUUGUGCCCACGGCUCCCCAGACUCUGUUGUGUGCUCGGAGAAUGUAGCUGAGGUUUAUGGCGUUCUGCUCAGCACUAUGAGUGACUAUACAACAGACAGCAGAGGGGAUGUAGGGGCCUGGGUGAGAGAGGCAGCAAUGACUAGUCUAAUGGAUCUAACUAUGUUGGUGGCCAGCAGCGCUCCAGAGAUCCUUUCACCAGACCUGGUGAAGAGUAUGAUGUGCUGCCUGGCCCAGCAGGCAGCAGAGAAGAUUGACCGCUACAGAGCCCACGCUGGCACCAUCUUCCUGCGCCUCCUACACAGUACAGAGCCUGCAGUACCUCACAUACCCCACCGAGAGGAGCUGUUGACAAUUUUUCCUGUCGAGACCACCACAAGUCUGAACUGGAAUGCCCCAUCCCAAGCUUUCCAGUAUAUUGCCCAGCUGCUCGGAUUGCCUGAGUAUCAGUACCACACCCUGCUGGGGCUCACUGUGUCUGUGGGAGGGAUCACUGAAUCCACAGUACAUUUUUCUUCCCAGUCACUGUUUGACUAUUUGAAAGGGAUUCAGGAGAACACCAUUGCUCUGGAACAGUUUGGAGAUACGUUGCUGAGAAUCCUCAGAGACAAUCUCCGCAAUGACAGGGUGUGUGUUCCUUUUCUGAAGAUGCUCAAUCAGAUGCUCGCUAACAGCUGCUUCGAAAUCUUCACCACACAAGAGAAUCACCAGUUCUGUGUGGACCUUUUGGGUCUUUGCAAAGAGUUCAAAAGAUCCAAAGACAUUUCCAAGCUUUCUGCCUGCGUAGCUGUUUUCUGUGGGCUGAUCCAGUUCCAGGGUGAAGUGAGGAAGAAGGUUUUGUCCCAGCUGUUGCUGCUGCUCUGCCAUUCAUUCCCUGUGAUAAGAAAGACCACGGCCAGCCAGAUGUACGAGAUGCUGCUGACCUAUGAUGAUGUCAUUGAUCCAGAGGUGUUGGAUGAUGUCAUGACUUCGCUCAGUGACACAAACUGGGAGAGCGAUCUCAACACAGUAAGGACACACAGGAAUCAGCUUUGUGAUUGGUUGGGAGUCACCAGGCCAAAGGUGGUUGCCAAGCAGGACCCCACCCAGGUUUCCUGAUCUCUGGAAAGAGCAGCAGGAAGUCACAAAAGUGGAUAAUGUCCUGUAAAAAUUAAGAAUGGACUGUGAGUGCUUCUGAAGAUGUCAAGUUUCAGGUAGUCUGUCUAAAACAGCUGCAAUGUGUAAGUUCAAAAGACAAUAAAUGUGCAAAAAACAUCA